AAGUGCGUGUGCCAGCUGUGCGAGCACACCAACUUCACCUGCCAGACGGAGGGUGCCUGCUGGGCCUCCGUCAUGCUGACCAACGGACGGGAGGAGGUGAUCAAGUCCUGUGUCUCUCUCCUGGAGCUCAACGCCCAGGUCUUCUGCCACAGCUCCAAGAACAUCACAAAGACCGAGUGCUGCUACACCGACUUCUGCAACAACAUCACCCUCCGCCUGCCCGUGGCGUCGGAGUCUCCGGGCAGAGCCAGUGCAGAACCAGUGGUGCUGGCGCUGACGGUGGCGGUGCCAGUCUGUGUCCUCUCCUUGGUGGCAGUGCUGGUGGCCUGCACCCACCGGCACCGGCGAUGCGCCCGCCACUGCACCAGGCAGCCCAACGUGGAGGAGCCCCUCUCCGAGUGCAACCUGGUCAACUCUGGGAAGACCCUGAAGGACCUCAUCUACGACAUGACGACCUCCGGCUCCGGCUCUGGUUUGCCUCUCCUCGUACAGCGAACCAUCGCGAGGACUAUUGUCCUGCAGGAAAUUGUAGGAAAGGGCCGAUUUGGCGAAGUCUGGCGUGGAAAAUGGUGCGGGGAAGACGUAGCUGUGAAAAUCUUCUCCUCCAGAGACGAGCGGUCCUGGUUCCGGGAGGCGGAAAUCUACCAGACGGUUAUGCUGCGGCACGAGAACAUCCUGGGCUUCAUCGCUGCCGACAACAAGGAUAACGGGACGUGGACGCAGCUGUGGCUUGUCUCUGAGUACCACGAGCAAGGGUCCCUGUUCGACUACCUGAACAGAGGGACGGUGACGGUGGAAGGCAUGGUCCGGCUGGCGCUCUCGGUGGCCAGUGGUCUGGCACACCUCCACAUGGAGAUCGUCGGCACACAAGGAAAGCCAGCCAUCGCGCACCGGGACCUGAAAUCCAAGAACAUCCUGGUGAAGAGGAACGAAACCUGCGCCAUCGCAGACCUGGGCCUGGCGGUGAAGCACGACUCGGUCCUCAACACCAUCGACAUCCCCCAGAACCCCCGGGUGGGCACCAGGAGGUAUAUGGCUCCUGAGAUACUUGAUGAUGUGAUGAACAUGAACAUCUUCGAGUCCUUCAAACGUGCAGACAUCUACUCUCUGGGGCUGGUGUACUGGGAGAUAGCCCGGAGGUGCUCCGUUGGAGGAAUCACCGAGGAAUACCAGUUGCCUUACUAUGAUGUUGUGCCUUCUGAUCCUUCGAUAGAAGAUAUGAGAAGGGUAGUUUGUGAGCAGAAGCUCAGACCAAAUAUUCCAAACCAGUGGCAAAGCUGUGAGGCGCUGCGGGCCAUGGGCCGGGUGAUGCGGGAGUGCUGGCACCCCAACGGGGCGGCGCGGCUCACCGCCCUGCGGGUGAAGAAGACCGUGUCCCAGCUCUGCCUGCAGGAGGACUCCAAAGCCUGAGCCAGCUCCCCGGAGGAGGAGGGGAACGAAUCCUUCUGUUCUGUCUUGUAACGUGUGAUAGUAUUUUUAUUUUUUUGGUCUACCUCACAUCGCGCGGUUCAGUAUUUGAGUGCCCGGACCAGAGCACUGACAUCCAGCUUCGCCUUUGGCCACUGGGAAGGGCAGCUUUGACUCGCAGUUCGUGUUUUAUACAGCAGGUCGGUGACUUGCUUCGGUUUUUUAAAGUUAAUUAGAGACUAGGGUGAUUGCAGAAAGGAGCCUAACCCCCACGGUGGUGUAGGUGUGACAACACCUUUCGCUGUGGCGCUUCGUAUCCCAGUCAAACUCCAAACGAGCUGGCCGUGGCUGGUACUGGUUAAAGCCUGUUCGCAAGAGAAACCACACCUUUUAUCCUCAAACCAAGUAAAAGGCCAAAUUUAAUCAAGCUUUUUUUCAUAUUUUUGCGCAGGAAUCUGAAAAGGGGCUGUCAGUAAAAAGCAUUUUUAAAACCUAUAUUUAUACCUAAGCAAAUAUAAAAAGAUGAAAGGUCCACUGGGCAUGUAUAUUGUGAACAAAAGCAUCCAGUCGGGUUUUUUAUUAACUUUUAUUUUUAUUGUCUUGAUUUCGUGUACAAUAUUGUAGUUUAGGAUUUGGAGUUCUUUUGCUCUGUUCAUUUGCUCAUUGAACUACCCAUCAAGGGACAAUUUUUAACAGUUAGUAGGAAAAAAUAAUAGAGGCAAUACUUUUCCAAUUGAUCUGUAGGGGUGGAAUGGGAGAAAUUCUACUCAAACUGAGAAAGUAUAUAUUUUUUUAAAAAGCAACUUGCCAAUCUGUCAGUGGUAACUUUUUUUUUUUCUAGUGCCUUUUGCUGUGUUGGGGAAAGCUUUAACAAAAGCAUUUAACAAAAUGGGUUCUUGGGAAACAGUUGAAACCCAGCAGAAAGGUCGGUCUCUCCUGGCAGUGCCAUGGGGUCUGGGGACGCCGGUGCCACCGGGAGCUGCAGAGCCCCGACCCCAGCACCUGGUGUGUCAGGACAUGAACGCCCUUCCUACCCCCCUGGCGUUUGGCACUCAGAAUUAAUGUGUCAGACACCCCUGUGCUCUGGAGUGCAGCACAGAAUCACACGGGAUUGGAAGGGAUCUCUGGAGAUCAUCCAGUUCAACCCCCUGCCAGAGCAGGUCCCACCCAGAG